ACUCGCAGGUCGUCGCCGCCGCUGAUCACACGCGUCCUGCCGGAGAGAUGAGGCGGAAGGACAAGAGGCUGCUGCAGGUCGCCGGGCUGCUCAUAGCCGCUCUGCUCUUCUUCCCCAACGUCGGGCUGUGGUCUUUGUACCGGGACCGAGUGUUCGACAACUCGCCCGGCACAGUGGACGGACCGGGCGGCAUCCUCCAGAUUCAGGGGUUGAACCAGAUGAGGAAGGUCGCCCAGGUGGGUCCGGACGGCGUGCGGCGGACAGACUGGCACGACUACGAGGCGAUGAGGAGGGAUGCUGCUCGCUCAGGUAACGGUGAGCAGGGGAAGCCGUUCCCUCUGACAGAAACGGACCGGGUGGAUCAGGCCUACAGGGAGAACGGCUUCAACAUUUACAUCAGCAACCGGAUCUCCCUCAACCGCUCCCUCCCUGACAUCCGCCAUCCAAACUGCAAACAGAAGCUGUACGCAGAGAAGCUGCCCAACACCAGCAUCAUCAUCCCGUUCCACAACGAGGGCUGGUCGUCGCUGCUGAGGACCGUUCACAGCGUGCUCAACCGCUCUCCUCCACAGCUCAUAGCAGAGGUCAUCCUGGUCGACGACUUCAGCGACAAAGAGCACCUGAAGGCAGCGCUGGAGGAGUACAUGGUGCGGUUUCCGAAGGUUCGCAUCCUGAGGACCAAGAAGAGGGAGGGGCUGAUCAGGACACGCCUGCUGGGAGCCGGCGCCGCUAAAGGAGAAGUCAUCACCUUCCUGGACUCUCACUGCGAGGCCAACGUCAACUGGCUGCCACCGCUGCUGGACCGAAUCGCCCAGAACAGGAAGACAAUCGUGUGUCCGAUGAUCGACGUCAUCGACCACGACAACUUCGGCUACGACACUCAGGCGGGAGACGCCAUGCGAGGGGCGUUUGACUGGGAAAUGUACUACAAACGGAUCCCCAUCCCUCCAGAGCUGCAGGGGGAAAACCCCAUUGAACCGUUCGAGUCACCGGUGAUGGCAGGAGGGCUGUUCGCUGUGGACAGGAAGUGGUUCUGGGAGCUGGGAGGAUAUGACACGGGUCUGGAGAUCUGGGGAGGAGAACAGUACGAGAUCUCCUUCAAGGUGUGGAUGUGUGGUGGUCGGAUGGAGGACAUCCCUUGCUCCAGGGUAGGACACAUCUACAGGAAGUACGUCCCCUACAAGGUCCCUGGUGGGAUCAGCUUGGCAAAGAAUCUGAAGCGCGUGGCGGAGGUGUGGAUGGACGAAUACGCCGAGUACGUCUACCAGCGUCGACCCGAGUAUCGCCACCUGUCAGCGGGAGACAUGACGACCCAGAAGGAGCUGAGGAACCGCCUCAACUGCAAGAACUUCAAGUGGUUCAUGAGCGAGGUGGCCUGGGAUCUGCCCAAACACUACCCGCCGGUGGAGCCUCCUGCUGCAGCGUGGGGAGAGAUAAGGAACGUGGGGAGCGGGAUGUGCAUGGAGAUCAAACACUUUGUGUCAGGGAGCCCCAUCCGCCUGGAGAGCUGUGUGAAAGGACGGGGCGAGGUGGCCUGGAGUCAUGGACAGGUGUUAACAUUCGGCUGGAGGGAGGAUAUCCGGGUGGGCGACCCCAUGCACACAAGGAAGGUCUGCUUUGAUGCCGUGUCCCAUAACAGCCUCGUCACCCUGUACGACUGUCACGGCAUGAAGGGGAACCAGCUGUGGCGCUACAGGAAGGACAAGAGUCUGUAUCACCCGGUCAGUAACAGCUGUAUCGACAGCAGCCCGAGCGAGCGGCGGGUCUUCAUGAACACCUGCGACCCGUCUUCUCUCAGCCAGCAGUGGCUGUUUGAGAGAACCAACUCCACCGUGCUGGAUCACUUCAACCAGGGCGCCAACUGAGGCCACUGGACGGUGACGUUGGCGUCUUCCAAAGAAACAGAUCAUGAAACAAUGGUCACCUUUGAUGAGAUAAAGAGCAAUAAGUGAAAAACGUGCUGCUUCUGAAAACAUUCCCCGUGGUACAGCAGUGAUCCAGUGCGCUGGCUGAGAGCUGAAGAGUUGGUCAGACCACACGACAACAUCCAGAAUACAAUCGUACAGCGUGAGCUCGUGGUGAGGACGGAGGGUGGGAGAAUCACGGUGAAAUCUGAAGCUCUUACAGACUGAACUUGGAUGUCAAGAAUUUUGAAGAAUGCAAAGAUGCUCCUGCCUUUCAUUGUCAGUUUAAAUCAGUCAAACAAACUCUGCUGGAUUCAACGGAUUCUCUCCCCUUUUCGCCUCUUAACUUCAUGUCUUUUUCAACUGUUGCCUUAUCAAUUCCAGCAAUGGGAAAAUAACCUGCUGUAUCUGUUCAUCUGAGGCACCAAAACACAAUAUGGUGACACACCGUAUGUUGGACUUUUUUUGGAGCUGUAAAGAAAACAUUAUUUCUGUACAGUGUGCAGAUGCAUUGCAAGGAUUUGCCUUUUACUGAUGGAUAAAAAAUCCUGUACAUAUUUAUCUUUAAAAUGUAAAUAUACAUAGUAUAUAUAUUUUUCUACUGAGUAAUAAAGUGACAUAAUGACACUGGUGAGGUCAAUUUCUGUCUCAUGAUGCUGUCUCAAGUUUUUCACUUCAAUGCUUGGAGUGUUUUGCGCUGUCUCACGAGUUACAGGUAAAACACCUUCACACUUGAGGUGAUUCAAUAUAUUCCUUAAAGGCUUGUGGGAAAUAUGUUUCUUCAGUAGGGAUAUUCUACGCAUGAAAACUGAAUGCAAACUAAAACAGAGUAGUGGUGUUUUUGUUCCAGCAUGUAACUUCCAGUUGUGAGCAUAUUUUAAAUGGACACUUGUUUUUUUUUUACAUGGCGGCAGCAUUUUACAUUUAAUUUCAGAUGACUAGGAUCACCUUUCCAUAUUGGUGCAAAGGUACAAACAGUGAAUGUAAGUGCUAAUUUUACAAGGUCAGCUGCAGUACAACAACACGUUGACAGCUGUCUCCCGGAUCUGAGUGACAAGGGAGCAUAAAGGAAACACUACAACGACUCUACAACACGUGACUCUGUUAAAGGUUUCUUCAUCCACCAUGUUUCAGCAUUAUUAGACGUCAACUUGGCAAU